AUGGGCGUGAUUCCGGUGCAGGGCGACGCCGACUGGAACGCGCAGAUGCAGCGCGCGGGCGGGAAGCUGGUGGUGGUGGACUUCUCCGCCGUCUGGUGCGGCCCGUGCCAGCACAUCAAGCCCGUGUACCACCAGCUGAGCGGCCAGUACGCGGACGUGGUGUUCCUCGAGGUGGACGAGGCGCAGAACCGCUCGCUCAUCAGCGCGCUGGGCGUGCGCGGCUUCCCCACCUUUCACUUCUACGUGAACCAGAGCAAGGUGGACGAGCUCGUGGGCGCCGACCCCAACCAGCUGCGCGCCAAGAUCGAGCAGUGGCGCCAGUCGGCCUUCAACCCCUUCGCGUCACCGGGCGUGACGCUCGGCGCGGGCUCCGGAGCUGGCGACGCCAAGCCCUUUUCAGCGGCCGAGGCCCGCGAGGCGCGACUCAAGAGGUUCAACAACGUCAGCCUCGUGCCGAACGCCCCCACGCCGGCUCCGGCGGCCCCGAAACCCGCUGCCAAGCCUGCGCCGGCCGUGCCGGACUCCAACAUGGUGUGCGACCCGGCGACGGGCGUGUGCCGUCGGAAGGAUGACGACGAAGAGAUGAUGGAGGAGGGGGAAGGGGCCGAGAUGGGACCUCCGCCUGUGAACGAGGAGCUGCUGACGCAGCUGAAGGAAAUGGGUUUCGACGACCUGCGCUCCCGCAAGGCGUUGCUGGCCACGGACAACCAGGGCUUGGAGGUGGCGAUCAACUGGCUGGGCGACCACCAGGACGACGCAGAUAUCGACGAGCGGAUCAAGUUUGUGGACCUAUCCAAGACGGCUCCCAAGCGUGAGCUGACGCCCGAGGAGAAGGCGGCCAAGGUGGAGGAGCUCAAGACGCGCAUUGCCAAGAAGCGCGCGGAACGGGAGGAACAGGAGAAGGUGGACCUGCGUGCCAAUGAGCUCAAGAGACGUACCGAAGGACAGGGGAUGCAGGAGGCGCGCGAGGAGAUUGAAGCCAUCCAGAGGAAGAUCGCGGCGGAGAAGAUGAAGAAGGACAAGGAGGACGCCAAGCGCGAGCGCGAACGUCUGCGCAAGCAGCUCGAGAUGGACAAGCGUGAGCGCCACGCGCGUGGUGGCCGGUUGGGCGGACCGCCGAUUGACGUCGCGCCUAUUGAUGUGGGUGCCAAGAAGGAGGAAGAGAAGAAGAACAGUCCGGUUCUGACGCCGAAGGAGCAGAUCGUGAAAAACGUGGGCAUCCUGAAGAAGUACCGCGUGGGCAACGAUGGACUCACUGCUCUCAAGACGCUGAACGUGUACGUCAAGAACCUCAUCGAAAAGCCCGACGAGGACAAGUUCCGCACGAUCAACCUAGAGAACCCGGCAUUCCGCAAGCGCGUGGCUAGCCUCGUGGGCGGUGUGGCUUUCCUGAAGGCUCUCGGAUACGAGAAGGAUGAGGCUGAUGGCAACCUCAAGCUUUCGGUGGAAAAGCGUGACGUGGAGCUACUGGAGUAUGCUCGCACUCAGCUCCAGGGUGCUAUUGCAGAGCUCUCCAACUAA